GAGUUUGCGACGCUGACGCGAGAGCUCAGCUCCUGCCGGGAGCAGCUCCUGGAGAGGGAAGAGGAGAUCUCGGAGCUGAAAGCCGAGCGCAACAACACCCGGCUCUUGCUGGAGCACCUGGAGUGCCUGGUGUCGAGGCAUGAGCGGUCCCUGAGGAUGACCGUGGUCAAGCGUCAGGCUCAGUCGCCAUCCGGGGUUUCCAGUGAGGUCGAGGUGCUCAAGGCGCUCAAGUCGCUCUUUGAGCAUCACAAGGCGCUGGAUGAAAAGGUGAGGGAACGCCUGCGAGCAGCCUUAGAGCGAGUGGCAACCUUGGAGGAGCAGCUCGUGGAUGCCCACCGGCAGGUCGCGGCUCUGCAGCAAGGCGCCGCCCGGGAGGCCCCGGCGGGUGAGCGGGAUGAGAGGGAGCCCAAGGAGCCAGCACAGAAGCUUCCCUGGAAGCGGCUCUCCAACGGUUCCGUCCACCCGGAUGAUGAGGCAGGGCGGGUGGUGGAACUGCAGGAGCUCCUGGAGAAGCAGAAUUUCGAAGUGGUCCAGGCCAAGGAGCGCAUCUCAGCGUUGGCUGCCAGCGUCGCCGAGCUGGAGGAGGAUCUGGGCACCGCCAGGAAGGAUCUGAUCAAAUCGGAGGAGAUGAGCAGCAAGUACCAGAGGGACCUCCGAGAGGCCUUGGCUCAGAAAGAAGACAUGGAGGAGAGGAUCACCACGCUGGAAAAACGCUACCUGGCAGCCCAGCGAGAAGCCACCUCCAUCCAUGACCUCAAUGACAAGUUGGAAAGCGAGUUGGCCAACAAGGAGUCCCUGCACCGCCAGUGCGAGGAGAAAGCCCGGCACCUGCAGGAGCUGCUGGAGCUGGCAGAGCAGAAGCUGCAGCAGACAAUGAGGAAGGCAGAGACGCUGCCCGAGGUGGAAGCAGAGCUGGCCCAGCGCAUCGCCGCGCUCACCAAGGCAGAAGAGAGGCACGGGAGCAUCGAGGAGCACCUCCGGCAGCUGGAGAGCCAGCUGGAGGAGAAGAACCAGGAGCUGGCCAGGGCGCGCCAGCGGGAGAAGAUGAACGAGGAGCACAACAAGCGGCUCUCGGACACC